UUUUUUUUUAUUUCUUUUUCUUUCUUUUUCUUUCUUCUACAUUAACAUUCAAUUUAUAUAUAAAAGAUUUUAUUCCUAUUGAAUUUUUCUUAUUAUUUAUUUAAACAAUUAUGGUGGAAGCCUCUACAAUCAAAAGUUCAGGUGGUGGAAACACUAUAUCUGGAUCGGUUAUGAUUCUUCCUACUGGUGGUACUGCUGUUCUCACUGGUGAUUAUGGAGGUCUUCUUGGGGCAACACCAUUAACGACAUCUAUUUUACCAACCUCUUCUAAUAUUCUUCAAACGCCUACUUCAACAAUUCCUUUAUCUAUAUCCCUAUCAACUACAUCACCAACUACAUUAUCAACCACAAAUAAUACAACCUCUAGUUUAACCAACGCACAAAUUGGGGGAAUCAUUGGUGGUGCGGCAGGUGGUCUAUUAUUACUAUUAUGUUUGAUUGGAUGUAUUAUGUAUCAUCGCAGGAACAAACCAAAAUCAUUUCCACGUGGACGAGGUAUUACUCCAAGUAUGGUACUCGAAGGCACUGAAUUUCAAAAGCAAACCUCAAUGGGAUAUGUUGAUCGUCCAUUUGAUCAGCAAAGUACUUAUUCAUUCAACUCGCCUCAUAACGCUUUUGGAUCAACAUCAUCACCACACUUAGUAGAUAAACAACAGCCUCACUUCUCACCAACUUCACCUUCUGAAAAUACAACUGCUACUUUGGAUAAAUUAUAUUGCAUCAAAAAAUACAACACACCUGAUACAGAAAAACAAAAUGACAACCGUACUCAAAGUCAACUCUCUGUGAAUGGUGCACGAUUAUCAAAAUACAAUUAUUUGACUCAAGCGUUUUCCCAAAUGCGUUCAAGUUAUGCUACUCAAGAUCAACAAGAACAACACAGCAAUAAUAAUCCCCAAACUCAAGCUGAUCUUCCAUAUAUCCAAUAUCCUGAUCCUGUUGCCAAUACCGAUUCAAACACUUUACGACCAUCACCUUCUUCAGACUCAAAAUAUUUGUUACAUCAGUCAUCCUCAACAACUUCACCAGAGAUAUCACAAAACACUCGCCAAUCUACAGCUACAGUUCUACAUGCUCCUCUUUUCCAACGUAAUAAAUCAGCACCAUCACCAACUCCAACAACACAGUCAACAUCAUCAUCACCAUCAUCUAUGGAUGCGCCAAGUAUCACUCUGUACAAUGAACACAAUGAAGGCAAAGUACUGCAUCAAGGACAUGUUUUGCAUAAUACUAUUCCCUCAUCGACUUCAGCUCAAUCUACAGCAAAAGUAUCAAAGAAACUAUACUUCCCUGGAACCAAUAACACUGGCACCAACAGAGACAGUACAGUAUCCGAUGUUAGUCAAUAUAGCACUUUUUCGACAGCCUCCUCCUCCAAUCCAUUCAGAUACAGUGACGAUCCUUCACAGACAUCUCCUUAUACGAUUACGACGACUUCUGUUGACCAGCAAGAUCAUCGUUUUACCUCUACAACCAUCAACACUAACUCACAUGGCCGUGCCAACAACAACAACAAUGGUAAUUAUCAUCCUUCACCCCUAUCGGAGAAACCCUACGCGUAUAUUUAGUUAUCUUUUCUCUCCUUCCUUCUUUUGUAUUACUUCCUUUUUUUUUUUUUUUUUUU